GUUAGAGAGAGAGAGAGCGGUUUGUUGUAGAAGGCGGGAAAGAUGGCGGCGCUCAGUGUGGAGCUCCAGGAUCUGGUCGGAGUUAAACAGCAGCUGGUGAAGAUUCAGGAGCAGUGCAGGGAGCGGGGGCUGGUCCACAGCGCUAAAUGGGCUUCCGAGUUGGCAUUUGCUCUCGAUCCUCUCCCACUUAACAAGCUGCCCUCGCCGCCUGAGCUGACUGAGGAGGACGCUCAGGAUCUGGAUGCUCUCUGUCUGGCUAAGUCCUAUUUUGACCUGAAGGAGUAUGACCGAGCUGCGUACUUCCUCCGAGGCUGCCGCAGUCAGAAAGCCUACUUUCUUUAUAUGUACUCACGCUAUUUGUCUGGAGAGAAGAAAAAGGAUGAUGAGACUGUGGACAGUCUGGGUCCUCUGGAGAAAGGGCAGGUGCGGAACGAGGCUCUGCGGGAGCUGAGGGUGGAGCUCAGUAAGAAGCACAGCGCUGGAGAGUUGGAUGGAUUCUCCCUCUACCUGUACGGUGUGGUGCUGCGGAAGCUGGACCUGCUGAAAGAAGCUGUGGACAUCUUUGUGGCUGCGACUCAUGCUCUUCCUUUGCACUGGGGAGCCUGGCUGGAGCUCUGCAACCUCAUCACCAAUAUCGAAAUGCUGAAGUCCCUGUCUCUGCCAGACUGCUGGGUGAGGGACUUCUUCAUGGCACACAUGUACACUGAGCUGCAGAUGAUUAAAGAAGCGCUGCAGAAGUACCAGAGCCUGAUGGAGGCUGGAUUCGCCAAGAGCACCUACAUCAUCUCUCAGAUCGCUGUAGCUUAUCACAACAUCAGAGAUAUCGACCAAGCCUUAGAUUUGUUUAAUGAACUUCGGGAGCAGGAUCCUUUCAGAAUUGAGAACAUGGACACCUUCUCCAACCUGCUGUAUGUCAGGAGCAUGAAGCCAGAGCUGAGCUAUUUGGCCCAUAACCUGGUGGAGAUUGAUAAGUAUAGAGUAGAGACCUGCUGUGUGAUUGGUAAUUACUACAGUCUGCGCUCGCAGCACGAGAAGGCGGCGCUGUAUUUCCAAAGAGCUCUGAAGCUGAACCCGCGCUGCCUGGGGGCCUGGACGCUCAUGGGUCACGAAUACAUGGAGAUGAAGAACACUUCCGCUGCCAUCCAAGCCUACAGACACGCUAUAGAGGUGAAUAAGAGGGACUAUCGAGCCUGGUAUGGACUUGGACAGACAUACGAAAUCCUAAAAAUGCCUUUUUACUCGCUCUACUACUACAGGAAAGCCCACCAGCUCAGGCCGAAUGACUCCCGCAUGCUGGUGGCUCUGGGAGAAUGCUAUGAGAAACUCUCACAACAGGUUGAGGCUAAAAAGUGUUACUGGAGAGCGUACUCUGUAGGAGACGUGGAGAGAAUGGCACUUCUCAAACUGGCAAAACUUCACGAGCAGUUAAACGAGUCAGACGACGCAGCACAAUCUUACAUCAUCUACAUCCAGGACAUUUUCUCCUGUGGAGAACAGCUGGAGCAUGCGGAGGUCAGCACAGCUCUGCGAUAUCUCGGUCAAUACUACUUCAAGAAUAAACUCUAUGAUGAGGCGUCUCUCUGUGCUCAGCGCUGCUGCGACUACAACGAUGCGCGUGAGGAGGGGAAGGCUCUUCUGAGGCAGAUCUCUGCUGUACGGGAGCAGGGAGAGCCGUCUUCCACUGACCUCUCCUUACCCAGCGUCUUCAACCCCCUCUCCAGCAACACCACCCCUGUCAGAAGAGUGUCCCCACUGGACCUGUCCUCCGUCACACCCUAACAUUCACCUCAGUCACUUCCACUCUUCUGCUUGAGCAGGAUCUCCCGGGGAAUGUGGCACAGGUUGUUUAAAACAUCUAGUAAACUCACCUGCACUCUGUUCAAAUGUAUCAAGACACCUGAUCUAUCAGUGUUUUAGGGUAAUAUGUGUGACUUUGUGUCCCCCUUUGCUGCUAUAACGGACUCUUAUGGGAAAGGUACAUUGAAUGUUGCUGUGAGGAAGAGAAUUAUAAAGAGCUCUGAUAUUUCUGUUGACUGAAUAACUAGUUGUCAAUUCAGUUCGUACCAAAGGCGAGGAAUGAUUCCCACUGCACCACAGACCAGUACCCAUAUUAGACGUUAGACACAGGACAAAGCAAAACCCACUUAUUAAAACAGGGGUGUCCAAUAUUACCCACAGAGGCCUGGUGUGGCUGCAGGUUUUAAUUUCAGUCUAGCAGGUCAUAUGAUCAGUUGUUUGAAGACUACACCAACAAGUGUAGAGUAGAAUCAGGUGUGCGAUGCUUGUUGGUUAGAAUGAAAACCUGGUGCCACAUCGUCCCUUACAUAUAAGGUUUGAUACCUCUAUUUUAGAAGGUGUCUAGAUACUUUUGGAAAACUGUUGCACUAAACCUGUUCACUACCUGUGGAGUUGAGUCAGGUGUGUUUGUGCAAACUAUGCUGAGUAAAGAGCUUCUACAUAAAGAGCUCGACUCGGCUGUCUGAUUCAGUCGAUCUACUGCUGUGGGGUGUGUAUGAACUUAAAGUUUAAAGGGACACUCUUGUUUUCACCAUCUUCCUAUGAUCUCUGUCCUCUGCAUCUGCAUCAGUACCUUUUAAAGGGCCAGCAUCCUGUGUAAAAUUUGACUUUGGGUGUAGUAAAACAAAACAAGUACUUGCCUUUGUUGAAUAGCACACCUUCACUUUCCUACAGCUUCCUAAAAUCCAGCACACUGUACAACGACUAUAUCCGGGUAUUUUUUGCCCCAAUAAAUCGCUUUUUACACCGUUAUCCAGGCUUAAAGUAGCUCCACACCUCAUUGGUGUCUCAUCUGGAGAGCUCUGACAUUUAAAUCAAGUUAUUAAUAACUAUAAAAGUGCACAAGAAGCCCACUGCUGUGCUGAUAUACAAGUAAACAUUUCUUUUUACACAGACAGACACACACACACACACACACACACACACACACACACACACAUAUCCAGUGCAUGGAAAGUGCAGAGGAGACAACAUCUGCAGAAGUACCGGUAAUUACUCAUAUUGAUGGUUUUUUUUUUCAACAGAUGUAUUUCUGCUUGCCUGACGGAAUUUCAUCUCAGAAAACACAGUCUGUUUAAACCUUUUAAACAUAUUAAAUGUAUCAAAUGUGAUCCAGUCAUAAUCCGAUCACAGUGUGUCUUAGGGUGGUGUCUACACUUAACUUUUCAUCUGCACAAGUGAAAUCCAGACGUGAUAGAACCAGUCUUCAAAAACGUGUUAAUACCGAGGUGUAAACAGCCACGUUCUGCAUAGGUGGCAUGUUUUUUCAUGAAAUGCGUUUUAAAGCGAGGAUAGUCUGGGAAGUGCUGUAAAAAUGAUGCGUUUUUUUUCAUGUUUUUUGUUAAUAAAAUGAACAAAAAAAAAAAAAACGUAAAAGAAAAACCUUGUAUCUUGAUGCUUUGAUUGUUGAAAAGCUGAUCUUCCCAUUUUCCCCAAAUUUUAUGAAGAGUGAACAAGUAGAAUGGGCCAAACUUGCUUUAAAAAAAGAUUAUACAUUAUAUUGAUUGAUAUUUUGCAGACAUAUGGUUUUAUUCUGACAGUGACUGAUUCUAAUGUUUUUUUUGUAUGAAACCCCUUUUGCUGUUCCACAUGUUAAGAGGACAGACCAUGCAGUGAUUUAGCUCAGCAAUGCUGACUGUAAAGUUCAGAGACCUGGUAAGGUGAACUUUAUCUGUCUGUUGAGUUUGUUUGUUUAUUUUGAUAAAUAAAUUCUCAGUUUGAGAGAAA